AUGGAAGGGCUGGAGAGGAUAUGUAAGAGGAGAAAGGCAGGCCGUUCAUCUGUUUGGAAGCCAAAAGCGAAAUUGUUUGCAUCACUAGAAAUGGAUGUCGACUACUGUCUUCACAUUUCAAUUAACAGCUCAUCUGCCGACAAAAACGCAACAGUAGGAACUGCAAGCGCAUCAAACAUUUUGGGUCAGCAAGUGCAAGCGAUUGUCGUUGUUCCGCCUUUCCUCUCUUGUUUGACUUCCGUAAAUGGUUAUAGGAUAUUUUAUACUAAAGCACCAGAUGAGAAAAGUAGCUCAUCUGGAUGGAAGAAAUUGGAGUAUGAAACAAGAAAUCUUACUUUUAAUACACUAAAAAGUGGGAGAGAUUUGGAGCUAGUACCAAAUUCAAGAUACAUUGCAAGAAUUGCCCAGAUGCGUAGCGACGACAAAAAGAGGAUAGAUGAAAUUGUCGAAUUUGAUACUGUCAACGAAGUUCCGGAUGUGCCCACUAACCUCACGAUUUACAUAGAUUAUAAAGGAAUUUAUCACGUCAAAUUCAAGCCGGUAAUCAUACCAUGCAGUGUAGAAUCUAGAUAUGUCCAAGAUUAUACUGUAGAGUACCGUGCAGAAGACUUUUUUACAAAUACCAGUUGGAAGGCUUACGCAGUGCAAGGCUUAAAUCUCACUGGUGAAGAGGAAUAUGUGGACAUUAAGUUAAAGGAACUGACCAUCAGUUCUGCCUCAAAACAUUCUUUUAGAGUAUUUGUAGAUAACAAAACUGGAAGGUUCGGUUCAAAGGUUACAAAUUUCGAGCUAAAUGCUGAAGCCCGAAAACCAAAAGUCAUAAUCAAAAACGGUGAUAACCUUGUUUUUCGCCCCUCAUUAGCGGAAGAAAUUCGCCUUGAAUGCCAAGCAAUGAGCAUUCCAACGGCAGCGGUACGAUGGCAGUGGGAAAAGAAUAUGAUGCAAGAAGUGUAUGAUAUAGAAACAGCAACUUUGGACGAAAGAACAGUGGUUUCGUUUCUAAAAAUUCCUACGAGAACUCAAAACCAGGUUGUACAAUGUGAAGCAGAAAACAUUUAUGGAAUUCAAGGUGCAACUGUCAACAUAACUAUCACAGGGCCUGGUUCACCUCCAAAGAACAUAACAGCCACCAACAAUGGACGAGGACUUUUUAUUGGGUGGGAACCACCUGAAAUACCUAAUGGAAAAAUAAUGACGCCCGGACAGGUAGCAGCGACUAUCUGUCUACGCCACACAAGCUUUCCUCUGGGGCAGAUCAGCGGUCGAUUAUUUCAGUGCUUGAGGUGGUGUUCCGCAUGCUGUCGUGAACAUGCAGACAGCGCUUAG